GGCGUGGGGUGGUGGUGGGGCCCAUCGUGAGCCAGACCCUGUCUGACGUGUUCUGUGAUAACGAGUAUGGGCCCAACUUCCUGUUCAGGAACAACGGAGACGGAACCUUCACCGACGUGGCGCAGCAGGCUGGGGUGGAGGACCCCAUGCAGCACGGCCGCGGGGUGGCGCUCGCUGACUUCAACCGUGACGGCAAGACGGACAUCGUCUACGGCAACUGGAACGGACCGCACCGCCUGUACAUGCAGAUGAGCAACAGCCGCAAGCAAAAGUUCAAGGACAUAGCAUCACAGAAGUUCUCCAUGCCUUCCCCGGUGAGGACCGUCAUCGUUGCAGACUUUGACAACGACAACGAGCUGGAGGUGUUCUUCAACAACAUCGCCUACAGAGGCUCAUCUGCCAACCGACUGUUCAGGGUGACCAGGAGAGAGCAUGGGGACCCCCAGAUAGAGGAGCUGAACGUGGGGGAGGCAGCAGAGCCAGAAGGCCGAGGGACAGGGGCGGUGGUGACCGACUUUGACGGGGAUGGCCGACUGGACCUGCUGGUGUCUCAUGGAGAGAGUGCAGCUCAGCCCAUAUCCAUCUACAGAGUCAACCAGGGUAUCUCUAACUCCUGGCUGCGUGUGAUCCCCCGUACCCAGUUUGGGGCGUUUGCCCGCGGUGCCAAGGUGGUGGUCUACACCAAGAGGAGCGGGCCCCACACCCGCAUCAUCGACGGGGGGUCGGGAUACCUGUGUGAGAUGGAGCCGGUCGCUCACUUUGGUCUUGGUAAGGAUGUGGCCACCAGUCUUGAGGUGUACUGGCCAGAUGGACGCUCAAUGGCUCGCCCUCUGGAACCCUCGGAGGUCAACUUUGUCCUGGAGGUGCCCUACCCCCGCGACAAGGAGGAGGUCACGCCAGCCCUGGAGAUAGAGUGUGGCCAGGGGUUUACCAUGAAGGAAAACGGACGCUGUACAGAUCAGGAUGAGUGUACCCACUUUCCAUCUGUCUGUCCUCUGGACCGCCCUGUGUGCACCAACACAUACGGCAGCUAUAAGUGUCGCGCCAACAAGAGGUGCAGCCAGGGGUUUGAACCCAACGAUGACGGCUCUGCCUGUGUGGCCCAGGUGGCCUACUUUGGGGACACGCGUUCCUCUGCCGUGCGGCGGUGGCCUGGUCUCUCUCCCUGUUCUCUCUCCGCUCUGCUGCCACUUCUGUGUGUCCACCUCCACACAGCACUACUGUAGCCCGCCCUUCACCUCCCUCCGGAACCUUCCCUCCUUCCUGGCCUCCUUUCCCUCUCUCCACAUCAGUCGUUCCUGGGGUG